AUGUUACCUUUGUUCGAAACGAAGUUGUCAAAUGUCUCAAUUCAUGUCAGAGUUAAAAAUUGUAUAGUGUAUGCAAGGAAUCAUACUAUCUGUACAACAUUAAAAGCCUGUAGAAAUGAAAAGUGUGCAUCAAAUAAUUGUGAAAGUAUCUCAGCAAUUCAUUUCCACAAUAAUGCUGUAAUCCUCAAUAAAUUACUUCGUCAUAAACCACACAUUAAACAGCGACUCAACCCAUUAUUGUAUGAUCCGUUGAAAACAUCAAUUUUUACACAAGAAGAAUCAGGUGCAUACUGUGGUGAACAAAAUAAAUUACUAAAAAAUGUAAAAAUUAAAGUAUUGGAACCAGAAGAAAUAUUUCAACAAUUAUUACGAAAAGCAUCCUUUCAACAACAACGAUAUUUAUAUGCUCAAGAUGAUUGCUUAAAUAAAUGUAAUAUAUUGGGAAUUAAUUUGGAUUGUGAAUUGGUACCAGAUGAUAAUAUGGAAAUGAUUAAAGCAGCUGCAUUCAAACAUUUACAGCAUAUGAUAUUCUUUCAAUGUGGCCAAUUUCCGAUGUUACUGAUAAUUAUGGUGAUUGUGAUAGUAAUACUUACAAUUGUUACAAUAUUGGAAUUAGCCAUUGGUAUAUCAAGGAUUCGUACGGCUAAGAAACGAAGUAAAGCGAAAGAUAAAGCUAAAAUGACCAUAGGAGAAUUAUCUAUGAGUACAACAAAGUCCCGAAUUGGAAGUAAAUCUAUUAGCAAUGAGAGUACAAAUUUCAGUAUUAUAUAA